UUGUAGAGUUAAAUAUUGGUAAGUUUUUUUUCGUUAUAGAUUGUAAAGUAUAAAAUAAGAAUGUAAAAAUUGAAUAAUGGAAAAGACCACAUAUGAUGCUUGGGUUGGAAGUGAACUAGGAUUAUUAAAAGGCAUCACUUUAUCAAAGGAAUGUUUUGUAAACUAUGGUAAUAACAAAUUUUUGGAUAAAAAUCUAAGCAUUACCUCUAUGGCAUGGCAAGAUACGGAAGAUAAGAUUUAUGUUGGUCUGCGCAAUGGCAUCGUGAAAACAUUCAACACGCAAACAUUGGAAUAUGGCUCUGAACUAUCCUGCGACACAACUCCAGUGAGAGGAAUUAUUGCUCUGCCUGAGGAGUCGCUGAUAGUUUGUUCUGAUGAAGGAAAAUUGAAACAUUUCAAGCAGUCUGAAUGUUUACUGGAAAAAACGGUCGGUGAUGGCAUAAAAGCACUGGUUGGAAGUUCAACUGAAGGCGUAUUUGCCACUGGCGGGCAGGAAAAUGAUCUAAAAAUAUGGCAAAUAGAUGCAAUGGAUAAACCCCUUUUUUCUGCAAAGAAUGUUCGGAACGAUUUUUUGAAUUUGCGUGUGCCUAUUUGGAUAUCCGCUAUCGAUUUUUUCAGACAAGAUUGUAAAAACGUUGUCGUUGGAACAGGCCAUCACAGCAUUCGCGUGUACGAUCGUCGUGACAAGCGAAGACCGGUAAUCGACAUGGAUUGGCGUGACCAUCCCAUAACUGCUUUGUCAGUAACUUGCAACAAUAAUUCUGUUGUUGUUGGCAACAGCGCGAGCUACAUGGAUCAACUGGACUUCAGAACAGGCAAACCGAUAGGCGCUUUCAAAGGGAAUAAUGGUAGUAUUCGCAGUAUUAAGUGCCACGAUUAUCAACCUUACGUCGUUGCCGGUGGUUUGGACCGGUUUUUAAAAGUAUACGACUUGCGUUCAAGAACGAUGUUGAAAAAAAUCUACAUGAAAUCAAACGUGAAUUGCGUUGAACUUUCAAAAAAUGAUAUUCAACUUACUGCAUCUGAAACUGGCAGUAAAAGAAAACCCACUGAAGAUAAAGGAGAAGAAGAGGAUGCAGGUAUUUGGGAAUCUAUGGAGACAGUUCACGAUAAAAAGAAAAGUAUGAAGAAAAAAAUUUCGUCAAAGAAGAAAAAAACUUGAAUUAUGUACCUCGUGGUUACAAUCCACAUACUGCAUAUUAUAGUAUACGAAUAACAUUGUUAUUGAUAUAAA